CUUUGAUGUAUGUAACUAAUAAAAUAGUAAAAUUUUUCUAUACUAUUACAAUGCCGUUUAAAUUUCAUUUAAAGAGAAGUCGUCAAUAUAAUGUAGUGUCCAAAAAUCAAUAUGUAAUAUGUAUAGAAUUAUUGGAUACUACAUCAAUUGAAUGUACUUUAAAUAUUGACAGUUUGGGUCAAGAAUGUCUUGACAAUAUUGUACAACGAUUAGGUCUUGUACAACCAGAAAUUUUUGGAUUACGUUAUAUAAGUCGACAUGGUUCUCCAUCUCCUCGAUGGGUAGAUAUGGAUAAACCAUUGAAACGACAACUUGAGAAAGAAGCUAAGAAUUUUAGUCUUUAUCUAAGAAUUAUGUACUACGUUACAGAUGUUCAAUGUAUACAAGAUGAAAUGACAAGGUAUCAUUAUUACCUUCAAUUAAAAAGUGAUGUACUGGAAGGUAGAAUUCAUUGCAAUUCUAGACAAGCUACCCUUUUAGCAAGUUAUUCGAUGCAAGCUGAGUUUGGUAAUUAUAAUACAGAACGACAUACAAUGGAAUGUUUACAACAGUGUACCUUCUUUCCUAAAGAAGUAAUACAAUCAGAACCAGGUGGAUUAGAUGUUUUAUUGCAUAAUGCAGUAUGUCAAUAUAAAAAUUUAAUUGGAGUAACACAAGCAGCAGCUGAAGAAUUAUAUAUUUCUGUAGUUAUACAAUUAGAAGGGUAUGGUAAUGAAACGUUUCCUGCAAAGGAUAGUACUAAUUCUGAAGUGAUACUUGGUGUAUCACUUAAUGGAAUUAUGCUGGUAUGUCCUAAAUCUCAAACAACUCACUUUUAUAGGUGGAAAGAUAUUAGUAACGUUAUAAAUCAUAAAAAGACAUUUAGAAUAGAAUGUCAGUCUGAAGGUGAAGAUGCAAAACAAUUUAUAUUCAAUGAAUCACGUGAUGCAAAAUACGUAUGGCGUUUGUGUAUAGCACAACACACAUUUUAUAUGCAGCAUCAAGAAUCACGUCCAUCAGAAAGAUCUAAUAAUGCAUAUUUUGAUAGCGAUACAAAUGAUUCCGGAGAACAAGCUGUAUCUAUGGAAAAUCGUAGAGAUGAUGAUCACAUGCAUUGGACUAGUUACAAUGAUCUUUCAACUUCACCGUAUCCUGUAGUUUCAGUUUCUUCAACUGAAAUAAAUAAUUUACGUGCCUUAUUACCAUCAUAUAGACCAGCACCAGAUUAUGAAACGGCCGUACAAAUGAAAUAUAAUAAUGGAGGAAAUGCUCCUCAGCCUUAUUAUGCAAAUCAGUCUACUAUCGUUGGACAAGAUAUUUCGUGCCUUCUUGGUAAUGUGGUAAAUAGAAGUAGAUAUUAAUUUAAAAAUUAAUACCUGCAUCCUUCAUGAUUUUGAAUAUUUUAAAAGAUUUUAAAUAUACAA